AUGAUCAUGGCUCGACUCAGCUCAGACGAAUCCUUUCACUUCGAACUCCUCCGGCUUCUCGCUCACUCCAGCCAUGGGGGUGCUGACGUCGGCGAGGUCCUUGCCAUGAGCGCUGAAAUAAUACCUGGUGAUUUCGAAUCCUUUUCUGCUGUCUUCAAUAAAAGAGCAGACCGUAUCCUUGAACAGAGAAAAAGCAUGACAAAUGAUAUCUCUAUCCGCGAUGCCAUGUUCCGAGCGUCCACCUACUACCGUGCUGCUGAUUUCUACAUCCACGGCAACUGGGAUGAUUCACGCAUCAUGUCAUUGUGGGAUAAACAGGCUGCCUGUUUUGACGAGGCGAUGGCCCGACUUCCCUUCCCAGGCUAUCGCAAGGAGCUCCCUGGACCCGGGUGCAAUAUUUCCAUUAUUUUCUUCCCCGCAAGUAAUGACAAUGAGAAGCGGCCGACUCUCAUCCUCGGUAGCGGUUAUGAUGGGUCCAUGGAAGAAAUGUACCACCUGCACGGUGCUGCCAUUCUCGAGCGUGGCUGGAACGUGAUCUGCUAUGAUGGACCAGGGCAGAUCUGCACGCGUCGCUACCAGGGCGUCGGGUUUACCCACGAGUGGGAGCAUGUUCUUACUCCCGUUGUGGACUUCCUCGAGACUCUCCCCACUGUUGAUAUGACUAAGCUUGGUCUGAUGGGCAUCUCUAUGUCCGGUUUAUUGGCGGCACGCGCUGUGGCAUUUGAAAGGCGCAUCGCUGCAGUCUUCAGUAUUGACGGCCUUUACAAUUUUGUCGAUACGCCUGUCUUUGACCCGGACCAUGGUCUUGCGUCUUUUGCUCAUAUCAAAGACUUCGAUUCUGCCGCUGUUUUGUUUAACAAUCCCAGCAUUCCGACUACUGCUCGUUGGGCAUUAUCUCAUGGUCUCUGGGCUUUCAAUGUUAAAACCCCAGCUGAAUAUCUUGACAAAGCGAAGAUGUUCUCCUUGGUUGGAAUAGCGGAUAAAAUCGAAUGCCCAGUCUUUGUUGCUUGUGCCGAAGAUGAUCACUUUUUCAAGGGACAGCCUGAGGCAAUGAGGGACGCUCUCGGGGACAGGGCACACUACCAUGUUUUCACUAGUGAGGACGCUGCUGGAGAACAUUGUCAUGUUGGCGCUGCGAGACAUUGCAAUCAUGUCUUAUUCGAUUGGUUUGAGAAGGAGAUUAUCAAAGCUUAG